AUGAGCUCAGAAAAGGAGGUCGUCUCUGGACCACCAGCUCCCGAACUCCUGGACGAGCGAAUCUGGUUGGAUGGAUGCUGGGACUUCUUUCACCACGGCCAUGCCGGCGCCAUGCUGCAGGCACGCCAGCUGGGCAGCGAGCUAUACGUGGGAGUGCACUCGGACGAGGCCAUCCUGGAGAACAAGGGACCCACCGUCAUGAACUUGCACGAACGUCUCGCUGCGGUGGAUGCUUGUCGCUGGGUCACCCAGUCGGUGGCUCAUGCGCCCUAUGUCACGGAGCUGUCCUUCAUAAGCCACUUUGGAUGCAAGUAUGUCGUUCACGGCGACGAUAUCACCUCGGAUAGCAACGGCGAGGACUGCUAUCGAUUCGUCAAGCAAGCAGGCCGGUUCAAGGUGGUGAAGCGCACCCCGAGCAUCUCCACAACGGAUCUGGUCGGCCGCAUGCUGCUGUGCACCCGGACGCACUUCAUCAAGUCACUGCAGAAGAUGCUCGCUGGCGAGGAGGGCAACGGAACUGAGGCUGAGAGAAACGCCGAGGGUGAGGCGAUGACGAACCGCAUCAACCAAUACGCCACCGAUGAGACCGGAAAAGACCCCGGUGUGGAUGUGUACUUCUGGUCCGCGUCCAAUGCGGCGAAGGUCGAGGAUACCGAAGAGGAAACCGGGUCGUUCCGCCAGUUGUUGAAAGGCAAGGGUCCUAAACCGGGUCAAAGGGUCGUCUACGUCGAUGGAGGAUUUGAUCUGUUUUCUAGUGGUCACAUCGAGUUUCUUCGACAAGUUGUUGUGGCGGAAGAGGGCCUGGCUCGGAAGGACGGCUGGUACGACCAGCAGGCCGUCGACGAGCGCCUUGGGAAAGGCGCCGACUACGGUCCUGUCUUCGUUGUCGCUGGUGUACACGACGAUGAAGUCAUCAAUCACUGGAAAGGCAUCAACUACCCCAUCAUGAACAUAUACGAGCGCGGACUUUGUGUCCUCCAGUGCCGCCACGUCAACGCGGUCAUAUUUGGUGCGCCAUUCUCCCCGACAAAGUCGUACCUCGCGGCGUUGCCUUGGGGCACCCCGGAUGCUGUGUACCACGGGCCGACUGCGUUCAUGCCCCUCUCGUACGACCCAUACUCAGCGCCCAAGGAAAUGGGAAUCUUCAAGCAGGUCACGCAACACACCUUCCAGGACGUCAACGCCGGCACGAUUGUGCAACGUAUCAUGAAGAGCCGGGAUCUCUACGAGGAGCGGCAACGGAAGAAGGGCGUCAAGGCGGUGGGUGAGGCCUCGCAGAGACACAGAGAGGUGUUAGAGGAGGAACAGCGCCUUAAGGAAGAGAAGAUGAGCGCGACAUGA